GGAGGACACUGAGUGGGGGCCAGUGGAGGGAUUGGCAGCAGAGAGGGGAUUGGUUGGGAUGAGUACGGAGUAGUAGCCAUUGGUUGGGAUGAGUAUGGAGUAGUGGCCAUUGGUUGGAAUGAGCACGGAGUAGUGGCCAUUGGUGAGGAGGGGGAUGAGUACGGAGUAGUGGCCAUUGGUUGGGAUGAAGUACGGAGCAGUGGCUAUUGGUUGGGAGGAGUACGGAGCAGUGGCCAUUGGUUGGGAUGAGUACGGAGUAGUGGCCAUUGGUUGGGAUGAGUACGGAGUAGUGGCCAUUGGUUGGGAUGAGUACGGAGCAGUGGCCAUGAGGUUGGGAUGAGUACGUACGGAGUAGAGCAGUGGCCAUUGGUUGGGAUGAGUACGGA